UGUUCAAACCGCCAGAAGUUGUCCAUCAUGAGAGCAAGCAUCAUACUACUUGCUGGGCUCCUUGCCUGGGCAUCAGCUGACACCGAUCUUGCCCACAAACAGCAAGCCAUCAACAGGUUACUCUAUCACAUUUAUGACCCCAUUAAGUCUUCAUACACUGACCUGAAGGAGGCUGCAGCCAGCUGGAACCCAAGAGAUCAUACAGGUCACUGCAAGGAUGGUGGAACUGCUAUCACAAAGCUUAUGGAUGAACUGGAUCAUGGCAGGCUGACUCCCCAACAUCACUGGUUCUCACUUUUCAACAAACGGCAGCGGGAAGAAGCCCUGAUGCUGGUGGAUGCUUUGUUCCAGUGCAAGACGUUUGAGUCCUUUAAAAGCAACGCUGCCUACUUCAGGGAAAAGAUGAACGAAGGAGAGUUCGUUUACGCCUUAUACGUGGCUGUAACACAUUCUGAUCUGACUGAAGAUGUUAUCCUCCCACCACUCUAUGAAGUCACUCCACAUAUGUUUACAAACUCUGAAGUCAUCAACCAAGCUUACGCAGCAAAGAUGAGACAGACAGAGGGUAACUUCAAGAUGGCAUUCACUGGCACCAAGAAAAACCAAGAGCAAAGAGUAGCCUACUUUGGUGAGGACAUUGGUAUCAACUCUCAUCAUGUACACUGGCACAUGGACUUCCCAUUCUGGUGGAACGGAGCUAAGAUUGACAGGAAGGGAGAGCUUUUCUUCUGGGUUCAUCACCAGCUGACUGCUCGCUUUGAUGCUGAGAGACUCUCCAAUUACCUUUCAGAGGUUGAGGAACUGCAGUGGGACAGCCCAGUAGAGCAUGGCUUUGCUCCUCAUACAUCAUACAAAUAUGGAGGAGAAUUCCCAUCUCGACCAGAUAACAAUAAGUUCGAAGAUGUUGACGGCGUUGCCAGGAUCCUUGACUUGAAAGUCAUAGAGGAGAGAAUUCGCGAUGCUAUUGCCCAUGGUUACAUUGUGGACAAUGAUGGCAAAAAAAUAUCAAUAGACAAUGACCAUGGCAUUGAUAUUCUCGGUGAUGUCAUUGAGUCAUCCAUGUACAGUCCUAACAUCCAGUACUAUGGUGCCCUGCACAACACAGCUCACAUGGUUUUGGGCCGUCAAGCUGAUCCCCACGGCAAGUACGGAAUGCCCCCUGGUGUUAUGGAGCACUUCGAAACAGCUACCCGCGACCCUGCCUUCUUCCGCCUGCAUAAGUACAUGGAUAAUAUCUUCAAGGAACACAAAGACACCUUCCAACCCUACACCAAGGAGGAACUGACCUACGAAAAUGCUGAGAUCACAGGUCUGGAGGUCAGCGAGCUUUCGACAUACUUUGAAGACUUCGAAUUCAGUUUGUCCAAUGCUUUAGAUUCCUCUGAUUCCGUGAAGGACGUGCCUGUCAGUGCUCACGUUUCUCGGCUGAACCACAAGCCUUACACCUACACAGUCAAGGUCAACGCAGACCACGAGGAAACGGCAACAGUUCGAGUUUACAUCUGCCCAAGGUACGACAAUAACGGAGUUCAAUACACUUACGACGAGGGUCGCUGGACGUGUAUUGAAAUGGACAAAUUCUGGACCAAGUUGAGCGCCGGAGCCAACGAAAUCACGCGCAAAUCGUCCGAAUCCUCAGUGGCCAUCCCGGACCGCGAAUCCUUCGCCCACCUCAUCAAGGAAGCCGACGAAGCCGUAGCCAGCGGCAGCGAACUGAAACACGACAGCAUCAGAGGCUGCGGUCACCCAGAGAGGCUCCUUCUGCCCAAAGGCAAGAGGGACGGAAUGGAGUUCUGGUUCUUCGUGGCCGUCACCAGCGGCGAGGACGCUACUCACGAUGACCUGGUCGGCAACGACCACGGGGGCAACCACGGGUACUGUGGCAUCCACGGAGAGACCUAUCCGGAUCGCAAGCCCAUGGGGUAUCCGUUGGACAGAAGGGUGACCAAUCCUGAGGCUUUCAUGAGCAUCAAGAAUUUCCGCUCGAUCCCCGUCAAGGUGUUCCACAAGGAAGAGCACUGAGACUGAUGUCAUUUGGGUGUCAUGGACGUGGGAAUGUUGGAAACUGUUCAUCAUAUGAGUUAAAUAACUUUUUUUUAAACGCUAGAUGGCUAGAUUGAUAAUAGCGAUUAGAGAAAUGGGAAGUAUAGAAAGCUAACCUAGAAAGCUGACCUUCAAAUAUAUAUAUAAAAAAAAAUUACACCAAAUUGAUAUAUAUCAUUGAUUAGGGACAUGUGAAAUAUGGAGAAAUGAAGUUCAUAUGUCUUAAAUAACUUUAUAUAUAAAAAAAACUUCUAAGUGGCUCAGGAAGAAGUCAGGAUUAAUAGCAUUAUUUCCGUGUAAAUUGUCUCAAUUUUUCGAAAGAAGCUGAAACGGAAAUGACAAUAAAAAAUGACAAUGAAAUGUCAUAUUAUACCUAGCACUCAGUAAAUUUAGUUUUACCGUCUGUUGUAGGAUUACCUGUUGACUUUUGGUUCAUGGAAUAUCCGUAGGUCGUGCGAAUGUAUCUUAUGAAUUAACCAAAGCUGAACCAUAUACGUAAGACUUGAUUCCCUAUCGUAAUAUUAGAUAAUUUAUUAAAUAUUACGUAAUACAUGUAAUAUCAGUGAUGUUUCAGACCGUAGUCUAUUCUCUACUGUUCAUCUCAUUUUGGUUUUAGGAACUAAAUAUAAAAAAAUACGUACAUGCUUCCCAGCUGCAAAAAGAUCUAAGGAACUGACAAUUUUUUGGCGUGAUUUUUUGUCAAGAAGAUCAUCACAUGAAUUAAUUUAAUUUUCCACGAAAUGUACAUUUAAAAAAUAAAGUUUUCAUUACAAA